CUCGGCCACUCUGGUCCUGGCCUACCUCAUGCUGCGCCAGCAGAUGUCCCUGCGCCAGGCAGUGAUCACCGUGCGGCAGCACCGAUGGGUCUUCCCGAACCGAGGCUUCCUUCACCAGCUCUGCCAGCUGGACCAGAAGCUGCAGGGUGCAGGCCGGAGCUGAGGGGCCAGAGCUGGCCCUUGCUCCCUGCCACGGGGCUCUGCCACUUUGCCGCCCUGGCACUGGCCCUGCUGGCGCUGCUGGGGGCUCUGGCCCAGGUGGACGCCCAGAAGAUGAUCAGAGCCCAGUGCAAGGUCCGGCCUACAGCCUGCUACUCCUUCCGCUUCCUCAGGCUGCCUGCACUUUCUCUCAGCCACUGUCUUCAGCCCCCACAGAAACAGCAGCAAGUGCGCAGAGACAAGCGGCUGGAAGUCAGCAGCACUACGUGCCUGUCAGACAAGACCAGAGCCCGGGCCAGAUCCCCCCGCAGGAUGGAUUCCCUGCAGAAGCAGGACCUCCGGAGACCCAAGAUCCACGGGACAGUCUCCCACGUGUCGCCCUACCAGCCGCCCACGCUGUCCUCACUGCAGCGCUUGCUGUGGGUCCGUCGGGCCACCAUGCUGAGCCACAUCGACGAGGUCUGGCCCAACCUCUUCCUGGGAGAUGCGUACGCAGCCCGGGACAAGAGCAAGCUGGCCCAGCUGGGCAUCACCCAUGUUGUGAAUGUUGCCGCGGGCAAGUUUCAAGUGGACACCGGUGCCAAGUUCUAUCACGGAAUGCCCUUGGAGUACUAUGGCAUCGAGGCUGAUGACAACCCCUUCUUUGACCUCAGUGUCCACUUCCUGCCUGUUGCCCGAUACAUCCGAACCGCCCUCAGUGUUCCCCAAGGCCGCGUGCUGGUACACUGCGCCAUGGGGGUGAGCCGCUCCGCCACUGUCGUCCUGGCCUUCCUCAUGAUCUACGAGAACAUGACACUGGUGCAGGCCAUCCAGACGGUGCAGACCCACCGUGAUAUCUGCCCCAACUCGGGCUUCCUCCGGCAGCUCCAGGUUCUGGACAACCGACUGGGGCGGGAGACGGGGCGACUCUGACCUGGUGGACAGCCAGGAGCCCUGACCCUCUGGUUAGCGGGGCCCCACCCACCAGCCUGGCCCUGGGGACAGCGGCCUCUGCUGUUUCCAGUGACCUUGAGAUGAACAUAGCAAGUGGGGCUUAGCGGAGGCAGAGGCAGGGAGAGCUGGUUGGUGCCCUUUUGGCAGGUGGAUUCCCCUGACCCAAUCCAGAGAUUCUUUAUGCAAAAGAGUUCAGUCUCUCUCUAUAAUAAAAGGUUCAUCAUAAUAAAGA